UUUACAGUUUCUUCUUCUUCUCUGUGACAGUACUCAAUUUAAUUUCGUAAAAGUCCUCUGGUUUAAUUAUCGGAAUAUUAUUAUCAUGGAAGACAAGAAUAACACAGAACUUGGAGAUAAGAAGUCGUAUGCUGGCAUCCCAGAAGCCGAAUUUGUAGAAGAUGUAGAUUCAUAUAUGGCAAGAGCUGAAAAUAAUGGUAACGUGGACGAGGCAUUGAAAAAAUUAGACAGCCAACAUGCAAAGUACAAAUUAAUGGAAAUUAAUUUGUUGGCUAAGAAGAGACGAUUAUUAAGUCAAGUACCUGAUUUGAAACGAUCCCUCAGUACAAUUGAAAAACUUGAACAACAAAAAGAUGAAUUUGAAACUCAAUUCUUAUUAAGUGAUCAAGUGUUUGCGAAAGCACUUGUGCCUCCUACAGAACAUGUAUGUUUAUGGCUAGGUGCGAAUGUCAUGCUUGAAUAUGAACUGGAGGAUGCCAAGAAAUUACUCUCUCAAAAUAUUUCUGCUGCUACAAGAAAUUUAGGAUAUGUCGAGCAUGACCUUGACUUUUUAAGGGAUCAGUUUACAACUACAGAAGUAAAUAUGGCAAGAGUUUUUAAUUGGGAUGUAAAAAGACGCCAAGCAGCAAAAGCAGCAGCCAGCAAAUAACUCAAAACAAUCACUAUUUAUCAAUUUUUUAAUUUUUGAAUAUGUGUUGCAUUUAAUAACUAUGCUUUUUAAUAACACCACAUACAUAUUUAUUAAUCAUUUAAACCUCAUACAUGAAUAAAAAUUAUAUACUUUCUGUCA